UGGCCAUGUGGGCAAGGCAAAGAAAAACCUCCUGUGCUGGCCAUUGUAUCCCAGCUGCAGGAGACCCUUUGCAGCUGAAAAACCAUGGUGGAGCAGCAUCUGCUUUGGCUAUUCAUUAUUGGGUGUUUCAGAGCAGAGUGAUAGGGGCAGGAUGGUGAAAGGCCUUCAGACCCUGCUGCAGAAAUCCUGAGUGAAAUAAAGUGGUUUCUGCAUGUCUGUGUCCCUAUGCAGAAGGCAAAGCACUUUUCUGUUAGUUGUAUUGUCUCCGUAAUUUUGCCAGCCUGAGGAGUCAGAGAUUCCUGCCCUGUGCCUGUGAUUAAUUUGGUCUCUGGUCUCAGGUGAGGUGUCCAGCCAUUGGUACAAGCCUUGUGUGAUCAUGGUUGGCUCUUGUAAGCGUUUGGGCUCAACUGGCCAGCAAAUGACCAGCCCYAGGAGAGACAAUGAUCCAGACACGCUGCCCUCGCCACAUUUGUGGAGCAAUCCUUGUUGCCCUCUGGCUGCAGCCCUUUGUCUUACCUAGGCAUGGUGUACUGUGCUGAGCCAUAGCCAAAAAGUCUCCCUUGMCAGCUGGUGUGGGAGGCUGUGGGUAACUGGUUACACUGGCAGGACCCUGGUCUGCAAAAGGCACAGCUGAAGGAGAUGUGACCAAGGCUGGGAAGUGAUGAUGGUGCUGGGAAGUGAAUAAUCCAUGUGUCCCAUGUCCCUGGAGCACAGGAGCGUGCAAUGACAUUACCAGGCACCAGACUCAAAACCAACGGGAGGAAAUGCAUUUUGCAGACAACGCUGUGGAGCCGGUGCUACAGGAUGCUGGGGACGCCAGGGGUGUGGAUAGAUUUGGAAAAGGCCACCAGGAGUUGUUAAAUGUAGGGCUGAUGGUGGAGCCUGUGCUGGGAGCAGGGCUUGGAGGGUGCUGGGGGAGCAUUGCUCUCUGCUGGCUGCGCUGUCACUCUGGGUCAGUGUCUGCUGCUGUUGACUCUGUGGACAAUGGCCUUGUGCUUUGGCAGGCUGAGAAAGCAGCAGCCUUGUCUUUCAUCUUUCCUGCUUUCACAGCACAGCUGGGACAAAACCAUGAACCUUCUACAGCAGAGGACCCAGCACUGCAGGAAUUUGGCUGAGCUGACCUUCCACUCGGAGCAGCUUGGCCUGCGGUUGUGUUAGAGCCGCGCUUUGGGCAGGCGGAGGGGAGCGGAGGAGAUGAUGUUCAGCCGGAAUGGUGCCCGAAGUGAGGGCUGUGUCCAAGAGCUCUUCCAUGAGGAAGCACAGCAGGUGUCUCAAACGCAGAACACACCCUGGUGGAAGAUCCAGCUGUUUGUGUGGGAGCCGGUGCUUUUUGGAACGUGGGAUGGCGUCUUCACCUCCUGCAUGAUCAACAUUUUUGGUGUGGUUCUUUUCCUGAGGACGGGAUGGCUCGUGGGAAACACUGGCAUUGUAAUGGGCAUGUUUCUGGUGUCCUUUGUCAUUCUGGUUGCCCUGGUGACAGUCUUGUCUGGAAUUGGGGUGUGUGAGAAGUGCAGCAUUGGAAGUGGAGGAGUCUACUCCAUGAUUUCUACCGUCCUUGGAGGUCAAGUAGGGGGCACCAUUGGCCUCCUUUACAUUUUUGGCCAGUGUGUUGCAGGGGCCAUGUACAUCACUGGCUUUGCAGAGUCCAUCGCAGAUGUCCUGAGCCUCAGCAACAUCUGGGCRGUGCGGGGCAUCUCCCUGGCAGUCCUGCUCGCUCUGCUGGGGAUCAACCUGGCUGGGGUGAAGUGGAUCAUCAGGCUGCAGCUCCUGCUGCUCUUCCUGCUGGCUGUCUCAACGCUGGACUUUGUCAUCGGCUCCUUCACGCACCUGGAUCCAGAGCACGGCUUCGUGGGCUACUCRGAAGAGCUGAUGGUCAACAACACCCUGCCAGACUACAGCCAGGGCGAGUCCUUCUUCACUGUUUUUGGAGUGUUUUUCCCAGCUGCCACAGGUGUGAUGGCUGGGUUCAACAUGAGUGGAGAUCUYCAGAAGCCUUCUACCAACAUCCCUCUGGGGUCUCUGGCUGCUAUUGGCACCUCGUGGUUUCUGUACAUGGUCUUUGUUUUUUUGCUGGGAGCCAUUUGUACCCGUCAGUCACUCCGCUAUGACUUCAUGAUCGCAGAGAAGGUAUCCUUGGUGGGGUUUUUGUUUUUGCUAGGGCUGUACAUCUCAUCCCUGGCCUCCUGUAUGGGAGGGCUGUACGGAGCACCCAGGAUCCUGCAGUGCAUCGCCCAGGAGAACGUGAUCCCCACGCUCGCCUUCCUUGGACGUGGGAAAGGCCCCAACAAGACUCCAGUGGCUGCGAUUUGCUUGACAAGUCUCAUCACCAUGGCUUUUGUCUUCAUCGGGCAAGUGAACGUUCUCGCUCCCAUCGUCACCAUCAACUUCAUGUUGACUUACAUUGCYGUGGACUAUUCCUACUUCUCUCUCUCCUUGAGCUACGAUAUCCAGCAGAAACCUGACGAGACCCAGAUGGGAGCUGCUAGACCUGCUCACUCUUCCCAGCCUUUAAUUCUCAACAAGGCCCCCAGCCCUGCAGCAGAUGGGSUAAUUCAAAGCAGAUCAAAUGGCACCUUGCUAGAAUUCAAAAAAGACAUGGACCAGCUUUUUAAACAGUUUUUUAGUGAACCGGGUGCUUGCAAAAAAGAAGGAGCUGAGAAUUUAACCCAAAAGGCCAGACGAAAAAAGGCAAAGAAGCCAGCCAAGCAGACAUUACAAGACAGCUUUCUCCUGGAUCUCCACCACGAUGCUCCCCUGGCUCAGUACAGCUGGGAUGAGACCACGGAGCCCCAGGAGAGCCAGCAGGAUGUGGAUGAGAGGGGCAGUCAGCGGGAUGUGGGUCUGUGCUCAUCACSCACUGAGGAUGCCCAGCACAUUCCCAGGACACUGGAGCAGAGGGAGCAGCYCUGCAGUGAAGUGAUGAUGCUCCCUGGCCCCAGGGGAGGCGAAACAUCCAUAAAGCAACAAAGUCCAGAACUUGGAAUUCAGCAAAUACCAGAAUCCUUCUACUCCAGAUUUUUCAGUCACUGGAUUUCCUUUGCUGGUGCAAUUGUGUCYCUCAUCAUCAUGUUUGUCAUUCAGUGGAUCUACACCCUCGUCAGCCUGGGAGCAGCGAUUGUUCUGUAUUUCUACAUCGGCCAAGUGAGCCCAGGACUCCCUCUUGGAGCAGCAGCAAAUUUCAGUUUCUUUGGCUGGAUUAAGUCGGUUUUGAUCACUUCAUGCAGGAGAAGGCCAUCUCCCAAGGAGCAGAUCGUGGUGACACCGUCCUUUGCCACAGUGGGCAUGGAGACCAGGCAGCUCACCGAGGAGAACACCGACUUCGCCUCCCGGGACCGCUACCACCAGUCCUCGCUCAUCAGCAGAGAGGAAUUCGGGAACCAGUUCCACUGAAGGACACACGCAUUUGAAAAAAAAACAAAAACAAAAUCAAUGCGUUACUUUAAAAAGCAUUUAGAAGUGCUAAUGGCUGCCACGGGUGCCUUGUGAAAUACUUGAAUGCACGCACAAAGGAUGUGAAUGGAUGUUUAUGUACUUGAGGCGUGUUUGUUUAUGCAAACUACAGCAUUGCUGGGUUUCAAAUCUUACCCAAAAUGAGGGGGGRAAAUGGAAAUGAAGGGACCAGCACMGGAAAGUGAUGAGUUACUGAGGACAGCAUAACCCUUUUAAAGAAUUCAAUUAUAAGCCCUACUGAGUUCUAAAAAUGGUUGCUGCUCUAAAAGCUUACAACACCCCAUUUCAGAUGUCCUCUGGGUGACUGGGGACGCUCUGCCUGGGAGCAGUGACGUUGACAGCAGGAGCUGGUGCCCCACUCCCAGCKGUGCCACGGAUGGAUGCGACCUUCCAGGUCAAUUCACUUCUCCUCUCGGCAUGAAUUUCCCUGCUUGUAAUACAGUAAUUUUCUACCUCAGCAUUUCAAUUACCAAGGUCUUAGAAAGUACUUUAAGGCRUUAGACAAUAGGCCAGAAUCAGUGGCAAGUACGGGAAGAUUAUGAAGUAUAUUCACACUGAAAUCAUGCAUUUAAAUGCAGUAAUGCAGAAUAAUGACCUCUUCUAUAAAACUGUGAAAUUAUGUCUUAGAAGCUGUUCGUAAUUAUUUCCCACAUCCUUUGYGAUGUGAGACCUGAGACCUGAUGAAAUAGCUGGGCCCACUUAGAGCAUUUCCUGGCUGAAGGGACAGAUGAUUCAGAACUGCUUUAGCAAACUAAGUUUAGCCCCAGCACCACAUAUCAGUUUGGACAUUACGAGGAGGGGAAAAUCACUGCCCUUCACUUUGUUUYAUCUCUGAUAAUUUCACCCUUUAGAUUAUUUAUUUCUCCUUCUGUGCAAUAAAGGCCUGAGACACCAGGAACUUGUCUCCAUCCUUUCUGAGGGCACACUCAGUGCCCUUGAGCACCGUUCCACUUGCCAAUGCUCAGUGCCCUGGURUUUCUGGGUGGGUGGGACCCUCCUUCCCUUCCAUGGUCUGGCCAGCUGCAGCUUUGGCUCUUUCACUUUUGUUCCAGAGGGAAGCACAGGAGGCUUUCUGCUGACAUGGAGAAAAGAGCCACCUUGGCKCACUGCAGAAAGUGUAUUCGUUUUGCAAGGUUGCGGGUCUUUUACUAAAUGCUUUUAACCUUAAUUAUCUCAAUA